UCGACACGUUGGUUGCACCAAAUAAAAAUACCUGACGGUCAAGUUAGUAAUGUAUGAUAUUAUUUGCUUACUGAUGGAAGAUUAGUGAAACGAAAGAGCCAAGGCACAGCUCCCGGGCAAUUUUUGAUCGAUAGUUUCUACAGCACCAGUAGUUCUUGUGGAGGCUACAGCCAGUUUUAUGGUAGCAAUAAAACUUCCUUUUUCCAGAACCAAGUAUUAGAUGACCUAGUUGACGUGUCUUUUCCACGAAGCUCCGCACUAACUUUGACGAUGUUUUACUACAUUGUGAGCUGCAGUUGUCAUUAGCAACAAUUCGAUACAAAGUCACACAUAUUGCAAAGCAUUAAGUCGGCAACUUUACUUUAAACUGCUCAGUCUCUAGCUCGUCAGACGAAUCGUCGUCGCUUUUUUAAAUACGUCAAAGACUUUUAAAGUUUCAAAACAUUUCCGAUUAAUUCUGAAGGAUUCAUUUUCUAAAUUAAUCAUCAACAGAUAAAUAAUACGGCUGAUUAGAAUUAUUUUAUGCUGCCUUUGCGUAUUUACUGGUCACUUUUCAAAUGGAAGCAAUAUUCGCAGUUCAGAAAUCAAAUCACAACUUAUCAAUCAUACGAUGGAAUUGAUUGAUAGAGGUUUUGCAAAUAAUUCUAACCCACUGGUAAUAUCUUCUGACUUAGUUGAUGAUCAAGUGGCAAGCGGGAGUAUUGAUAAUGGAAGUCCGCUGAUUGUCAUAAAUGGUGAUCAGAAAUGGAAGCAAGUCGGAGGGUUUCUUCCUAGCUAUCCUACGUACAUCCUCAAAUUUGAAUCUCCGCAGAAACUUGAACCACUCAUCUUUGGGUUCAUGGGCUCAACAAUUUGGAACAUUAAGUCGCCAAUUUUUAUUCUCGAAAUUUCUGAAAGGACGCAUGAUAUAAAAGCUAGUAGAGCUCUUGCAUUCCUUGGAAGUUUCGAUAUUUUAAUAUCAUACUAUGUGUGUUAUGAUGACAAAAAAGAUUCAACCAUGGUCUACACUCUGAACUCUUACACGCAAUACGCUCCGUCACCUUGGAAUCAAGUUAAAUUUGGAAAUGCCAAUGGCAAUAGUAAAACAAAAGUGACACUAUACAGUCUGCAAUAUCCGAAAGAUUUGAAUAACAACUAUAAAAAUAUCUAUUUCGACAAAACUGAGCACUUAGAUGGUCAUGAAAUGAAAUUAAUGGUCUCCAUCAUUGACAAAAAUUUACCCGAACAAUACAACCAGAGACGUAGUGUUGAGUACAUGAAAUCUUUUGAAAAGUAUAAAGAUCAGGUAUUGUAUUCAUUACCUGAUUAUAUGAAAGUAACAACGUCACUUCAAAUUCUCGAAAUAAAUUCCGGUUUAAAAAUGAUAAAAUACGGUUUCGAUGAAAGACUUUACAGUGGUCAGUAUGAUGCAAUUAACGCCAUGGACCAAUUAGCUGAUACAAAUUUUAAAUUUACUGAUUUUGUGACGCAGUAUCGUGAAAUGCACUAUUCAAUUUUGACAAAGAAAACAGAUUAUCUGACGACACUUACCAAAAUUGACAUAAAUUUUCAGUUCAUCUUCACCACACUCUUGGUGUUGUUCUUGAUUACAGUAAUCAUUAUCAUGAAUAAUAAAUUUAACGUAAGCAGAGAAAUCAUGGACAUUUUGAGCUUGUCACUGAACAUGGGGGGUAAUAUCUCCAAUGGGACGUCUCUCGAUGAACAUCAUUUAUUUUUUCGGAUUUUUAUUUAUUUUCGUAGUGAUACCCGAAUUCCAAGGACAAAUUUCGGCCAUUUUAUCCCAACCUGCAAGACGCAAUGUCGAAACCCUGAAGGACUUAUUUGACAACAAAUGCCACGUGUUUUACGAUACUUUAUUGUGAAAAGACAUGAUUAAUACAAAAUUGUGGGUGACCGAAGAGGACCAGAAAUACUUGCAUCCAUCGAGUCGUCGGGAACUGAUCAAAUGUGCUCAAGAAGCUCAACAAAAUUCGACCAUCGCUUGCAUCGACUUUACUAUGAACCAUUUGAACCACGCCUUAAAUCUUCAAAAUCUCCAUGUAUCAAAAGAAAUCACGUUCAAGAAAUAUUUUGUGUUUUGGACAAAGAAGAACUGGGCGCUGAAGGACAAAAUUGAUAAAGUUCGUUCGAUACUAGUGGAAACAGGAUUAAUUUACCAUUACGAUGGAGAGAUAACGAAAAACCUAUGGAGAAAAAUAGAGAAAAUGAAGAAAAUUAAAGAAGCUGAAAACUAUGAACGAAUCGACUUUGAUAACUUGGUGUUUUAUUUAAUUGUCUUUGCGGCUACUUUGAUGUGGAGCUUGGUCAUUUUUGGAAUUGAACUUAUUAUCUACCGCAUUCACUCUAAAUAUCUAAAACAGGAAAAGGAGCGACGACAGUUCAUUGAGAGAUUAAGAGCACAACCACGGAUUAUUUUACCCUGGGUCGAAUAGUUCUGUUAAAUACUCAUGAGUGAUUCAAAUGGAGGAAAAGUCAACCAUCUAAUUAGCAGAUAAGUUUUGUUUUGCAAUUUUAAUACUGAUUAUUGUGAUUGA